UUCCACGAUUGAACUUGAAUCAAUCAGAGAAAAUUCAUCCCAAAACUCAUCAACUUCAAAAGCCUUAUACCCUCUAUACCUUUCUUCUUUCUUUCCUCUUUCUCUGUCAUUUGUAACCAAAGUCUCUAGUUGAACCUCUCUAGUCUACUUGUAUGCGAGGUUUGUUCCGGCGAGGUGUUUGAAUCUCAGGUUGGAGGCUGUCUGAUCAUCAAUUCAAGGGAUUCAGUGAAUGCACUACAGAGAUAACAAAAUAAAUAAUUGAGGGUUUGGCAGCAAUAGCAAGAAAACGAUCGAAUUAUAUAGAGAGAUUAUGAAGGCAAUGACAGAAGGCAAAUUAGAGAUCCAUGAUGAAGAAAAAAAUGGAGGGAGUAGUGAAGCGAUGUCUGCAUCCUCAACAUCCCACAAGUGUUCAUCAUUUGACUUGAAUGAAGAAGCCAAUUACAGUAAUGAUGAAGAGGAUUAUCAUAGCAUUUCCAAGGUCAAUGAAGACGACGAGAAGAGAACGGAAGAAGGGAGUUCCAGCAAUAAUAAUAAUGUUAGCAGCAGUGAUGGAAGAAAGGACAGAAGGGCGGUUAGGCAGUAUGUGAGGUCGAAAUUGCCUCGUCUCCGGUGGACUCCUGACCUCCAUCUCUCUUUUGUUCAUGCUGUUGAAAGACUUGGUGGCCAAGAGAAAGCAACUCCAAAGUUAGUUCUUCAGUUGAUGAAUGUGAGGGGACUCAGCAUUGCACAUGUAAAGAGUCACUUGCAGAUGUACAGAAGUAAGAAGCUUGAUGAGGCAGGACAAGUAUUAGGCCUAAAUUAUAGAUCACUACAGGGAAGAGAUGAUAUUAGAAGCAUAUUGCACCGGCAGAUUUCUUUAAGUCCACAUCAACACUUCAAAAUGGAGAGUGGUGGAAUUGUUCUAACUAGAGAAUCUACCUUCACUCAAACUCCUUUCCAAUCUUCCUUCCCCUACAGAUCACUAGAUUUCAAUAAAGCUGGCUUUCUAAGGGACAAUAAUGCCUUCUCCAACAUUCAAGGUCAGUCGAACCAAAUCCAUGCAAUGGAAACAGCAAUGCGAAUUGGCCCCAUGAGACCUGCCCGGUUUCUCGAGGAGAAGAGGUGGCCACCAUUGGAAAUGGUUAAUAACCGACGGCAAUUCAAUGGGAACAUGAUGACCAAGGAGAACUUCCAAACUAGAAUUUUUCCAAGCUCAAAUGAAAUGAACCUUGGAAACAACAGAAUGGUGAGGCAAUUCCUCUCCAACACGAACGAGUCGUCAUUGAGCAAAUUCAGUAGCUUCCAACAAGAGUUUGAGACCCCCUUUCGGUUGGAGAAAAGGAAGGAAUGGUUGCCUGACCUACAACUAAGACUGUGCCAAAGAGUUGAUGAUGAAAAGAGUACAAAUUAUAAAGGCACAAAUGAAAUUAUUAGCACUAAGCUUUCACUUUCUUAAUUAGAUCAAAGGAUGAUUUGAUAUUGAUAUAAUUUUUCACCAUUGUUAAUCCUCGAAUGUGAUUUUGUAGUGACAAUAAGAAGAGGCAAUACAU